UUCUUUUUCGAAAAUGUACAGCAGGAUCAAACUUAUUUCCUAGCAAGACAAAAAAAGAAUGGGUCAGGGACACCAAGGUAAAUGCUUUGGGUUCCUCCUCUUACUAUGCUUCUUCAGUUCAACUUUCGCACGCAGGAUUCUUAAGGAUAUCCCUAUGAUGGAGCCAAGGAAGCUAGAUCUAAACCAUCAAGUGAAGCCUGGGAUGGUUAGUUUGAGCCAGCAAAGUCAUGAGUUGUUCGAUGUAGAGCCUGAGCACAAAGUCAAGUCUGACCAUAAACUGCAAGCUAUGUGGAGUGAACCAGAAGAACCUGAUUACAAAGUCAAGCUUGGCCAGAAGCUGCAGUCCAUGUCGAGUGAACCAGAAGAGCCUGAGCACAAAGUCAAGCCUGAUCAUAAACUGCAAUCUCUGUGGAGUGAACCAGAAGAACCUGAUCACAAAGUAAAGCCUGUUCACAAAGUAAAGCCUGAUCACAAAGUCAAGCCUGAUCACAAAGAGAAGCCUGAUCAUAAAGUGCAGUCCAUAUCGGGUGAUCUUAUGCAUAAACUGCCGACCAUGGCGAGUGAAGUAGAAGAUCCUGACCACACAGUUAAGCCUAUGGGUUAUGGUGAAGGUCGGGGAUAUGGAAGUGGCAAUGGUUUUGGCUAUGGCAUUGGUUAUGGCAGUGGAGGCAGUGGCUUUGGAGAAGGUGUUGGCUCUAGUGGAGGCAGUGGCUUUGGAGAAGGAAUUGGCUCCGGUGGAGGCAGUGGCUUUGGAGAAGGAAUUGGCGCUGGUGGUGGUUCAGGUGUUGGCAUUGGAGAAGGGAUAGGAUCCGGGUCUGGCCAACCUAAUUGCGGUCCUGUCACGGGAGCUCCAGGUAGCGGAUUUGGUGAAGGCAUUGGACAAGGUAGUGGUUCAGGCGAAGGGAUUGGUAUCGGUAUAGGACGUGGCUCAAGUGGUGGACCCAGUGUAGUUGUCCCAGGCACAACAAUCCCUCCCAUAGUGGUUCCAGGCACACAGAUUCCCGGUUUUGUGAUUCCAGGUGUCACGGUUCCUGGCUAUGGUACUGGCUGCCAAACCGGUGGCUGCACUCCAAGCGCACCAUAUUACCACCCACCUACUUACCAACCACCAAGCUGUCCCCAUUGUCCACAUUUCACUUCAGGACAAGACAAGCACAUGUCAGACAAAGGAGCCAUGACCGAAGCACUUGCACCAACUUCAAAUGAGAUGCACAUCUAAGCUUUCAGUGUCCAUGGAAACGCAAAAUCUAAUAACUCACUCAUAAUGAGAUAUAUUUUGGUUUGAUAAAAAGCUUCACAUUAA